UGGAUUCCAAAAAAUCUGACGUAUCAAUAUUAGAAACCAACCAAAUAUCUAUAGCCUAUAACCCAACUUGCAAACACAUUUCACACACACACAAAUGGAAGAAAAUUCCUACAAUGAAAUCCGAUCUCCACUUAUACAACCUGCCUAUACCGACGAAGACGAAGUUCUUCCGUCGUCUUCGUCGGCAUCGGCGGUUAAACACGAGGAUGAAGAAGAGAAUUCUCCAAUCAAGCAGGUGGCGUUGACCGUGCCCACAACUGAUGACGCAUCACUUCCGGUUCUCACCUUCCGAAUGUGGGUUCUUGGCACGCUUUCUUGUGUGCUCUUGUCGUUUCUGAACCAAUUCUUUUGGUACAGAACCGAGCCGCUUAGUAUCACCGCGAUCUCUGCUCAGAUCGCGGUGGUACCUCUUGGUCAACUCAUGGCUGCCAAGAUCACGGAUCGCGUGUUUUUUAAAGGGUCACGUUGGGAGUUUACUAUGAACCCGGGCCCGUUUAACGUUAAGGAACAUGUGUUGAUCACGAUAUUUGCGAAUUCUGGGGCGGGUACUGUUUAUGCGAUUCAUGUCGUUACGGGUGUGAAGAUUUUUUACAAACAACAUAUGACUUUUUUUGUGUCGCUCAUCGUUGUGCUCACCACUCAGGUGCUAGGAUUUGGUUGGGCAGGAAUAUUCAGAAGGUAUCUGGUGGAGCCAGCUGAGAUGUGGUGGCCUUCUAAUCUGGUCCAAGUUUCUUUGUUCAGGGCUUUGCAUGAGCAAGAAAAACGGCCCAAAGGGGGGUUGACACGUACCCAAUUCUUUCUAAUUGCAUUCAUUUGUAGCUUUGCAUACUACAUUUUCCCUGGGUACCUUUUCCAAAUGUUAACAUCUCUCUCAUGGGUCUGCUGGAUCUUCCCUUCAUCAAUCAUGGCCCAACAAAUCGGUUCUGGACUUCAUGGGCUUGGCAUAGGUGCUAUUGGGCUUGACUGGUCCAGUAUCUCUGCCUACCUUGGAAGCCCAUUAGCAAGCCCAUGGUUUGCCACAGCCAAUGUUGCUGCUGGCUUCUUCUUGGUUAUGUAUGUCAUCACUCCCCUUGCUUACUGGUUCAAUGUCUACAAUGCCAAAAACUUCCCCUUCUUUUCCGAUGGCCUAUUCACCGCCAAUGGUCAAGAAUACAACAUCACUACCAUCAUCGAUUCGAAUUUUCAUUUUGAUAAUGACGCGUAUCAAAAAGAAGGCCCGCUUUAUCUUAGUACGUUUUUCGCCAUGACUUAUGGCGUCGGCUUUGCUGCUCUCUCAUCCAUGGUUGUUCAUGUGUUUCUCUUCCAUGGAAGUGAGAUAUGGGAGCAAAGCAAAUCGAGUUUCAAAGAGAAGAAAGUGGACAUACACACAAGAUUAAUGAGCAAGUACAAGCAAGUUCCCGAAUGGUGGUUUUGGUGUAUACUUGUUGUAAACAUCACGCUCACUAUAUUCGCGUGUGAGUAUUACAACGAGCAGCUUCAGUUACCAUGGUGGGGUGUCAUUUUAGCGUGCGCGAUUGCCAUCUUCUUCACUCUCCCCAUUGGCAUUCUCACCGCCAUCACUAACCAAGCUCCAGGAUUAAACAUUAUCACCGAGUAUAUAAUCGGAUACAUAUAUCCCGGAUAUCCAGUUGCUAAUAUGUGCUUCAAGGUGUAUGGUUACAUUAGCAUGACACAAGCCGUGACUUUCCUUCAAGACUUUAAACUCGGCCACUACAUGAAGAUCCCACCUAGAUCAAUGUUCAUGGCACAAAUUGUUGGAACCUUAAUCGCGGCUGUAGUGUACUUAUGCACCGCGUGGUGGUUAAUGGAGACGAUUCCAGACAUAUGUGACUCGUCGUCAGAUGUCUGGACAUGCCCUGGUGACCAUGUGUUCUAUGAUGCAUCGGUUAUAUGGGGUUUGAUUGGGCCUAGGAAGAUCUUUGGAGACCAAGGAACCUACACUAUGGUCAAUUGGGCUUUUCUUCUUGGAGCAAUAGCUCCAGUGUUGGUUUGGUUAGCCCACAGGGCUUUUCCAAACCAACACUGGAUCACACUGAUAAACAUGCCAGUGUUGAUUGGUGCCACGGGGAGUAUGCCACCAGCUACAGCCGUGAACUACGCGGCUUGGAUAUUUGUUGGGUUUUUAUCAGGGUUCGUGAUGUUUCGAUAUAGGCCCGAUUUAUGGCAAAGGCAUAAUUAUGUGUUGUCGGGGGCUUUGGAUGCGGGGUUGGCGUUUAUGGGUGUGUUGUUGUACCUUUGUUUGGGAUUGGAGGAAAUUGGUUUGGAUUGGUGGGGGAAUAAUCUUGAUGGGUGCCCUUAUGCUUCUUGUCCUACUGCCCCAGAUGUUUUUGUGGAGGGUUGUCCUGCUUUGUCAUUUUAAACCAAAUCAAAUGAUGUAUUCAUUUGAAUUAAGUGUUUGGCAUUUUGUUUGUUUGCUCAAUAGCAUCAUUGUUGUAUAUUAUAAGAUAAUUUAAUAUCCUUUUAUUUAAAUUGGUUCUUAAACCUCACAUUUGUUGAAUAAAAUGUACAUUAGUUGUGAAACAUUUAUCUUUAUUAUGCAUA